AUGGUUGCGACACCCUGGACCCUAGUUCGUCUCAUGGAUGAGUGCGAGAAUGCGGAGAAAGAAAAUUCCAGCGAUGAAGUCUUCAUUCCGAGUACUACGAUCAAAUUGUUGACAUCGAAAGAGUGCGUCAGCGACAUUCUAAAGGAACGAAAUUGUCAAGAUCAGGAUGCCUUGAAGAAACGGAUCUUCGAUGAAAGCUGCCCUGCGAAGAUUAUCUUUCUCAUCUUGGCUCGAGCCGGCAAGCUAGAUCGUAUUGGCCAGUUCUUAUCCAAUGGCUUUUCUGAUCGUCAUCUUCCUAUAGAGCUUCUAUGGACGCGCGAGGGGUACAAAUUCAAAAGUGCCAAAGAUUCAAACUGGACUACUGCUCCUUUUGGAGCAGGAAUUGACUAUAAUGAUGUCGACUAUUUUAUACAGAAGCAAUGGCCAUUCUUGGCCCCUAUCUUUGAGAGGGAGUUCGAAUACGUGCUACAGCAACGCAUUCCUUUGCCGUUGGUCGAGAAAGGCACUGCUAUUGUCUCAGGGUUUAGUUGCGUUUCCAAGAUCGAGAUGCACCCUGCCCACGUCCCAGAGCAGACAGAAUACUCGAUGGCCAUGAAGAAAAUGGAGCUAGAGAGUGAAGAUCAAAUCAAGUAUGUCAGAAAAGAGAUGACUAACGUGACAUCUCUUCGAUUACUGGAUCACGACCAUCUUGUCAAAGCAAUUCUCGCCUGCACUAGAGGAAAGCAGGCCUUAUUCUUCUUCCCUUGGGCAAAUGGGGGAGACCUGUAUAACUUCUUGAAAACCAAUUCUACUGAGGGCAUGGCUGCUAUCAUAUGGAUGCUAGAUCAAAUGGUCGGACUCUCCAGCGCUUUGAGUCUGCUGGCGGACAAGGGGUAUCGGCAUGGUGACCUCAAGCCUGCCAACAUUCUAUUGUUCCCUGAAAGGUCUGGUAGCUACCGACUAAAGAUUACAGACGUUGGUCUGUCGAAACUUCACAUUCUGGCAACAAGCAAGCGACUAAAUGGGACGACUGCCAAGGCUACCACGAGGAGAUACAGCCCUCCUGAAUUUGACCUUUUGUUUGAUGAUGACGGGGAGCCAGUAGAAGACUCAGAUGACAUCAAGCUAUCGCGCAAGUUCGACAUUUGGUCUCUCGGCUGCGUUUUCAUCGAGCUUCUCCUCUGGGCCCAACUGGGCCGGCAAAAGUACAAGGAAUUCGACCGGUCUAUGAAAAGGGACCGACGUUUCUGGGACUCUGCACGGGAAGACCUUGACACUAGGGUCAAAGUUAGAAUACAGGACCUGGAGGAUUCUAUUAAGGACACACCGUGUGACGAGGUCGUGCAGCGAAUUCUAACCUUGGUUCUGGAGAAAAUGCUUCUUGUCAACAGCGAUGAUCGUGGCAGUGCCUCGGAUAUUCACAAGGAAUUGAAGAGUAUAAGAGAUAGUUACGGUGAGUAUUUCCAGCCGAGGAACGUGAUUGAUUUGCCGCUAGGCCUGACUGCCGAGCAGGCCGCCGAAUACGACCAUCGGCAAAACAGUCAGGGUCCGCCAGACGGAAGCAACGCCAUGAGUCGAAGCGCUCCUGAGCCAUCUGGUGUCCAAAACAAGGGCUUAAGUACUAAGGCUGUCCCUUCAGGCAAUACCGCUGCUAUGGCUCAAAGCGCCAAGCUACUCAAUCAAUGGACAAUCAGUCCAGACAAUGAGUUUGCAAAGAAGUUCUUCUCCGAGGCUUCCCGCCCCAGUCCAGCAGACAGACGUCAGCUCUGUGACUCAUGCUCGAGGCUUCGAAUCUGGGAGCCCAGUGCUAAAGUAUCUGGCAAUAUGAGGGACUUUGGAAUUCGUGCGUCAGCAUGUGACUUGUGUAAUCUCCUAUACGCCGUCUCGCAAAGGGUUGGCCUUCAUGAAGACCAGGAAUUACAAUGCGUUCGGAACGGCCCUACACUCAACUUGAAUCGGCGCGACGGUCCGCCAGUACUGUCCCUGUUCUCCGAUCCUGCCUUCAAUGCUCAUGAUCUUGGAUCAGUUCAGGUCGGAUAUCCAACUUUGUCGCCUCCGGAAAGCCCUGAACGAUAUCAUCUCUUUCAAGAGUGGCUCCGCGUGUGUGAUAAAGAGCACGGCCAUGCACGAGAAGCAUCCUCUGGCGGCUAUGCUGUCCAGAUGCCCACUAGACUGAUUCGCGUGGGGGAGGCGAGUGAGCACUUGGAAGACAUUAAAGAUUCUGGAUUUCUACAUUAUCUUGCUCUUAGCCACUGCUGGGGAGGCAGCACGAGCCUGUCUACCCUGACCAGCAACAUCGACCAAUUUCGUAACGAGAUACCGCAUGAACAGCUGCCUCUUAAUUUCCAGGAAGCUAUCAGAGUCACGAGAGCACUCAAGAUCCCAUAUUUGUGGAUAGACUCGUUGUGUAUCAUCCAAGACGACCCAGAAGACUGGCGACGAGAAGCUGCUCGAAUGGGUCAGGUUUUCAGCAACGCCUACUGCACAAUCGCGGCGACAUCAGCAGCGACGUCUAACGAGGGCUUUCUCACUCCAAAGCUUAGCUCAACACUUUCUGCGACGUUAGAAACUCCUGAGGACGGUCUGCUUCACAUUUCAGAAUUCAUGGAAGAUUGUAACAGAGACUUAGAGUCAGCGCCUCUGAAUGCGCGCGGUUGGGUGAUGCAGGAGCGAGCUUUGUCUAGGAGAACACUGCACUUCACCAAGACUCAAGUUUACUGGGAGUGUGGAAACGGACUGCAUUGUGAGCGGUUCUUCAAAUUAUCAAAUCCCCAAUCAGCUCUGUUCGCAGACUCGGACUUCCCCAAGGCCAUACUCAAGUACUACAAGGGCGGGCGAAUCACUCUGUUUCAAAAUCUUUACGAGAAGUAUUCCAGACUCAAUUUCAGUUACAAUUCAGACCGACCAGUGGCCAUUCUGGGUCUCGAGAAACACCUUUCAACUGUCCUCCAGAGUCGCGGCGAGUUUGGUGUCUUUGAGCAGUACUUGGCAAGAAGUCUUCUCUGGUCUCGACCUCAGAAUAUCUUUCUGAAGAGUAUCACGUUCCAAGAUGGCCAUCAUGUUCCUUCUUGGUCAUGGACGGCAUACGAGGGUCCAAUCACUUAUGCGAACAUACCUUUUGACAAGGUCGAAUGGAGCACAGACUGCUUGCUUCGCGAGGAAACCGGUACAAAGGCCAAGAGGACUGUGUUGAAAGCAGUUGCUAGAAGUCUCAGAUUGGAUAAGCUGGAUAUGCAUGAUAGAGUCAAGCUUGAUGAAGGGUCUGUGUUCGAACCAUCCGACUUGCGGGCGGUUGUCCUUGGUAAAGACAAGAAGCAAGAAUCUCGGGUCCGGGUACACUACGUUCUUCUUGUCGCCUUAUCCGAGGACGAACCAGAGCAGACAAAGGUUUAUGUUCGAGUUGGAGUGGCCUGGCUUCUUGAACAUAACAUGGCAAUGGAUGGUGAGGAUGUUGUGAUUUACUAG